AGUGACCUGAUGUUUAGGAGACCAAGCUUCAUGAAAUUUGUAUUUUCACUUUUUAGUGUUUUUUCUGGUUUAAUUCUUAAUAGAUUAUUUCUGGAGCACACAGUACGUUUGUUUCUUGAUCUAAUAAUACGAGGAACAGACACAGUCUUUAUGGGGUUAGCUAGGUAUGCAUUACUGAUAUUUAUGUGGGACGAAUAGGAGUCUGUGUGGCUAAAUUGUGAAUUUUGUGAAUUUUUACUUACUAGUCAGAUAGAGCGAAGUAUUCUGGUGAUGUUGUCCGACAGGAGUUCAGCUCCAGCUCGACUGGGGUGCAGCCCGUCAGCACGGAAAAGCCUAGAAUGCUCCCAGAAAAGAUUCCAGUUAUUGGCAAAGAGCAAUUUCUGUUUUUCACACCAUGUUAAUAGCCAUUCAUUCAGAGCAAAAAGUCUACUGAACCUUUCAUUUCCUCUGCGGUAGGUAGGAAGCGGUCCAGAAACGAUGAUCUGCGUGGCGGGCGAGGUGCGUCGAACCGUCUCGAUCAGGCUCCUGAAGUCCUUCUUCAGGAUCUCCGUCUGCCGGAGCCCGGUGUCGUUCUUCCCCACGUGGAGGACGACGGCACAGAGGCUCUCGGCAGCGCUCAGGAUAGUAGGUAUCUGUGCAGAAAUAUUCUUAACUCGGGCACCAGGGAAGCAGAAAGUGCGUACUUUGUUACCGUUGGAGGAAGUGGAGCGGACGUGGCGCACGAUUGAGUCGCCAAUGAUGGCAACAUCGCGACCCGUCUCGCGGAGAGGGGCGAAGCGGUUCUCCGUGGGGAUCUCGAACACCGGAGGAGGAGACGUUCUGCCCCGGGACCUGGUAAGCACCUUACGCGGCUUCACCCAGGGGCCGUGGUAGCCGGGUGUCGGCGUGAACGACGCCUGGGCGAACCGCGUCCUCGGUGCGCUGGGCCUGGACAGAGAAGUACACGGGGUUGAGGAAACAGGGAGAUUGUCGUUGUAUCGAACACUUACCUCAGACGAGCGAGUACGGGUUAAGAGCAGAGCCCUUAUGCCCUCUCGCUUCGUCUCCAGCGAGCGAAUCUGGGACUCCACCGCUUCCAGCUCCAGCGCCUCCAUGGAUGCCUCUCCUGCACUCAAGGACAGACACGCAAGCGACAUUGUACAAGGUGAAGAGCAAAGCCAGAAAGUGAGAAAAUAAGUGAGUGAAAGAGGUUGGUAGCUUUAGCUGACCAGCGGUGCUAGCAGGCUAAAGCUACAAACACCAAGCGGAUGCUUGAGAGACAGAACGUUUAAAAGUAGAUUUGUUUGUAUGAGUGUGUUAGGGGAUUGUUCACCCCAAGUAGGAGAGAUAAAUAUUUAGUGAAUGAGGAGGUAUUUUAUGAUAAAAAUGUAAAUUGCGAAUCUAAACUCCAAACAAACACAGCGAACUCCAAACAAACGCAGCGAAGCUACGGUCCGGUGACAGUGACGUCACUCGAGCAUGCGCAGUUCAAAUUAAAAAAAUAUGUUGGUUGUUACAACAUAUAUCCUAUAUGGUGUUAGGAGAUAAGGAAAAAGUGUUGGUCGUUACACCACAACCAGUCAGAUGCUUCAAAACGAUAGAAUGAUGAGUCAAUCUUUGUCCUAAUGUUAAAUAAUGAUAGGAAAUUGCUGACACAACAUACAACUGUCAGAACGUGGGGUGUGUCAUCUGUAGAUGGUAUCGCUCUAUGUGUAUAUAAAUAUAUAUAGACCUAGUAACACGGUGACUGUUAUGUCAAAGCCAUGUCGGCCUUCGAAGUAAGCGCUUUUAAUAAACGCAAACGUCCGCUAACAGGGCUAUCGUUCAGUGCGGCUGUUUAGGCAUGUGUGUGUGUGUGUGUGUGCGUGCGUGCGUGUGUGUGUAUGUCUCUCUGUGUUUGCGUGUGAGAGAGGGUGAUUGAUCAACAUAGGCAAAUAUUUAAUUACCAUGAAUAUUAUGGUUGUUUAACUUUAUUUUAAGGUUAUAAUAAACAAUAAACGAUUAGCUAUGUUGAAUGAUCCAUUUCUAAUGUAAUAUAUCUCAUACAAUUUUUUAAUCUAUGAUGCAACCUGUUGAUUAUUCCCGAUUAAAUGAUCAAUCACAAAUAAUUUAAAAUCCUACACAUACAUAUUAUUUUGUCACAAUAUAAAUAUAUUGGUUCAUAGUGUUUAAAUUUUGAAUUCACGACAUUGUAUUUAAUGAAUCUGCCUUUAUUAUAGCUCAUUAAUAGGUUUUCACAUUAUUUCACAUAUAUUUUAAGACAGGCAAAGGAUCACCAGUAACGUCAUUUUAAUGAUUGCCGCGAUCACAUUAUGUUUACAAUAAUAAUAUGGUAUACGACAGAAAAUCGGUAUUGACCGCCUUAUUUUAGUCUAUUUAAUUUUAUUUGAUAUUAACAUUAACCACCAAUAUACGUUUCUGUGAAUUUGGCUGUCUGUUAUGCGAAUCAACAAACACCCGCACGACACCUUGGUCAGAUUUCCGCAUCGCAGCUUGAAGCGCCAGCAGGUCUCGGUGAUAAGGUAAUAGGUGUUUGUCCGCUGUAAUAAACAACGGUAUUAUCCAGAGAGAUCUGUGAAAAGAACAGCGGGUUGUUCCGCGAUACCCUUUUGAAGUUGAAAAGUGACCGGCGCUCCUGGCAUCUCUGAGCACAAACAUAGACCUCUAGCGCCAUCUAGUGGAUACUCGACAAAUAUGUAUUUAUCUAGUUUUUUUUUUACCCGAUUAAAUGAUAUUGAAAUGAUUGAUAUUUAGCAUGGUCUGAAUAACAAACGUCUAUAUUACGUCAAUGUACAUUCAAUAGUCUAAAACACCGUAUUAGUUACAAUAAUCAUAUUAGAUCUUUUAUCCAAACACAACUGAUAUUUUUAUUAAAAUUACAAGACAUUUAUAACAUCAUUAAAACAGUAAUAUUACAAUUAAAACUGUUUCCGGAUAUUUAUUUAAAGAUUUUCCGGUUACAAUAAUAGACAUUAUCAAUGUUUUUAUAUUUCAUGCAUAUAUAGUGAAAUGUUUCAUUAAAGAUAUGUAUGCUAUAAUACAUGCACAUCUAUAUAUGUAUAUAUCCAGCUUAUUUCAUUACGUUAUACAUGGUUUUAACGAUACUCAUUAAUAAAUCAAAUAAUUUAUAAACUACCCGGUCAUACUAUAUAAAGGUUGUUUAUAUUUCUACUAUUUUCUAUAUAUAUGUUUCUGAAAGUAAGACUUUCAUGCCAUUUUUAUUGCUCCUUAUCGUUCUCUGGCACCUGGUUCAACCCCCCAUCUUUUCUUACUUAAAUAUGACUGUCAUUACGAGGAUCACCCACAAAUCUAUUCAUCGGGACAACACGCAGUCGAAGUAAAUCGUCUCCUUGAUCAACUCCUCUACAAUACUCUUUUUAGGAGAUAUGGCUUGUCAAUUAAAUUCUACAGAGACUGCUGCUUUUGAUGCCAUCAACCAAUACUUGCAUCCUCGGACCACUGCUGAUAACCUAAGUCAAGAAGAUCUAAUUGAGGUUAUUGAUUUAACCAUAGAGGACGAACAAGAAGCGCCCGAUGUGGUUCAAGCAUCAUCGGUGAGCUCCACACGACCGGAAAAAAGACGCCUUGAUUACACCCCUGUUUUAAACAAGAGACGGAUAAUUUAUACACACGUACAGGAACAGCAAGCUGAAUACGACGGUGGUGAUGAAGACGAAACGCAUUUAGUUCCGCGGUCGCCAGCUACCAGCCCGCUUGGACCUAAUGAAAGUAGUUUUGAGAUUCAUCAACAGAUGAGCUCAGAACUCUGGAGCGAUAACGGUGGAUCCGGCGAUGGUUACGACUCAACGCUGGGUGGCGAUAGUAGUCCUGCAUAUACCCCACAACAGCCAUUAGAAGAAGAAGAAGAACACGUGUUGGAAGAGGACCUGGAUGAAAACAAAGAAAACACAGUCGGUGCGUUUAGCCAGCACGCUGCACAGGCUGUACAAACAUUCUCUGACGGCAUUGACGAAUCCCGCUGUUAUCAUCUAAUUCUACAGUAUCUGGACCGAAAUGAGGUAAAAAUUAAUCAGAUAUCCGAAUAUGUUGUACGCCAGUUGCGAACUAUAGAUGAGCAGCAGAGGGUCACCAUUGAGAAACUGACUGAAGUCCAGAAUAUACUGAGCAAAGGUGAACGCGAUUGUCACAUUUUGAGUUCGAUGGUCUGUUCAAUUAAAAAUUCGCUGGUACAUAAAUGAUUCCUGAAUAACAAUGAUUGGUUUUAUCUGCCCAUUGUUAGAUUUUUAGAUGUUAGAUAAAUGAGAACAUUAUGUUAGGUGAUUUAGUUCUACAUUUUUUAUCAAUCCUAUUAAGUUUUUUAUUUCUUCUUGUCAAUUGACUUGCGUGUUUAGCGAUAGAGUUUUACAUAUUAAACUUGUAUUCAAUUAUGUUUAAUUUGUUUUUGAUUUUACAUUUUAAAAAGAUGUAUUUGAUUUUGUAUAUUUCUAUUUGAGUUUUACAUUUAAAAAUUGUAUUUGGUUUGUUUAAUACUGUUUCGGCUAUACAUUUAAA